AUGACAUCACAGGGACCGACUCUGGGCACCGCCCACCCGGUCAAGGAGGUCUCUGAGGCGACAAGAGAGCGCGAAACUCUUCGCUACGACCCUUUUCUAUACCACGACUUUCGCGCGAACGAUACCGGCAUCCCCAUACCCAGCUCAGAGAUCCAUAGCUCCCGCGACAGUAUUCUCACCGGCCUCACCCAGCUGGGCGCCUACCAGACGGGCACAGAGCGAGCCUUUGUCUCCUUGUUCGACGUGAGCCACCAAUAUGUGGUGGCCGAGGCUACACCUACCAUGGGGCUUGCACCCAACCUGCCCAGCGCCGUAUGCCCUUCGCCUCUAGCCCUCUGUGGUGUGGCGAUUCCAAGAGCGCAUGGUACGUGCGAGCACGUCCUCUACCUCCAGGAUUGCGACGCUGCCGAGACAAACCAGCUGCCACUCUCCUUCGUGCCCAACUUAUCCGACGACGCACGAUUCAACACAAGGCCCUAUUGUCAGUUUGGCGAGGCGGGCCAGUUCUAUGCUGCUGUGCCGAUCCGGACCAAGAGGGGCAUCAACAUUGGCUCGUAUUGUGUCAUGAGCACCAAGAAACCCGAGAAUUGGAGCGACCAGUCCGUUUCACACAUGCGCGACAUCUCCCGCGCCAUCAUGAACCACUUGGAGGGGAAUCGCGCGAAGCAUGUCUUCCUGCGAAGUGAACGGAUGAACCUAGGAUUGAGUUCUUUCAUUGAGGGGAAGGCAACACUCUCAGGCUGGCGAUAUGGGCCAACGUUGGAUCCAUUUGCAGUGGAUGAAAUUGCGGAAGGCCAUCUCGACUAUACACAACAAAGCCUUGAUCCUGACCGUGCCGCAGGAUUCGCGGAGAACGACGCUGACUGGGCAAAAGUAAUCGCAUCCCAGCCCAAGUGGCCUGGUAUCCCUCCUAAGCCCAGGCAACCUGCACCGAGCACUCGGUCGAACGAGGCCGAAGUCCUUUCCAAAGCAUCCAACAUCAUCCGCGAAUCGUUCGAGGUGGCUGGCUGCCUGUUUUACGACGUAGCUAUGACUUCCGGGCAGUUCACAAAGGCCGGCAACGGCAAUAUAUCCUCUACCAGCAGUAGCGACGACCAGCCCGCCAUCACCCCAGCCGUGUCGAGCGACGUGCCUUGCGAGCUUCUUGGAUUUUCGACAUCCAAGGCGUCAAGCAUCAACGGCGCCAAGCUACCCGCUGACUUUGGCAUUUUGACACAGCGUCUGAUGGCAAAGUUCCUGCGACGCUAUCCCAGCGGAAAGAUCUUCAACUAUGAUGCGUCUGGGGAGUUGGAGACGAGCGAUUCCUCUUCGGAUGACGAGGGCACCGACGCCGCGCAUCAAAACCCUCCCUUACGAGCCCGCAAAUUAUCGACCCAUGUCAAGGAUGAGCAAUCCGUGUCGCAAAUCUUCCCCGGCGCACGUAGUGUCGCAUUCAUCCCCGUAUGGGAUUUCAAGCGCGAGCGAUGGUUCACUGGAGGCUUCGUCUACACCAACAAUCCUGCAAGGCUGCUCAACAAUAAAUCCGAGUUGAGCUUCUUGAAGGCCUUUACCAAGCUGGCGGCCAUUGAAGUGCACACUCUACAGGCGGUCCAGAGUGACAAGGCGAAACUCGACGCGUUGGGGUCUCUCUCUCACGAACUGCGCUCGCCUCUACAUGGCGUCAUCUUGGGAACCGAGCUGCUGAGCGACACAAACCAGACCGUGUUCCAGGGAAACGCAACACACAUGAUCGAAAUCUGCUGCAGGACAUUGCUCGAUACGGUCGAGCAUCUUCUGGACUACUCCAAGGUCAAUAGCUUCUCCGUCAUGCGCAAUCAGGGUCCCUCGAAGAGUCGCAAUCGCUCAGGAGAGAAGCUUAUGCACACAGAUGUGCGUCUGGACGGAUUGGUGGAGGAAGUCGUGGAAAGCAUGUUUGCCGGCUUCAAUUUUCAAUUCAUGUCGGUGCGGGACCUGUCCAAGAAGGAUCUCGCGGCACACAACAGGACCAUGUCUCUCAAGAAGCUCACCCCCGAACAGCGACUCUCGAUUGGAGAUUUAGCCGUGUUCUUGUGGAUCGACCCGGCGUUCGAAUGGCUGUUCUAUGUCCAGGCUGGCGCGAUUCGACGCAUCGUGAUGAACUUGUUUGGAAACGCGCUGAAAUACACGCCCUCGGGCACGAUCAAAAUCACGGUCACACAAGACACCGCCAAAGACCACGCGAAACGUCAACGGGUGGUGAAGUUGAUUGUGCAGGAUACAGGAAAGGGCAUUGGGGAGGAUUAUCUGCGCCACAAGUUAUUUACACCAUUUGCGCAAGAGGAUGAGCUGGCGCCAGGAACGGGCGUGGGUCUGAGUUUGGUCAACCGCAUUGUGUCCCAGCUAAAGGGGCAAAUCGCCGUGGAGAGCAGAAUCCGCCAGGGUACGACGGUCACUGUCACGCUGCCUCUGGAGCAAUCGUCAAAGGCUUUGGACUUGUCGGAGGAUGAUCAGACAUUCGAGGAGCAGGUGCGAGAGAUGGCGGGUUUGCGCGUGAAGCUCGCUGGCUUCGACAUGGUGCCCGAAGGACGGCCCAUUGUGGAAAGGAUGUGCAAAGAAGCGCUGCAGCUAGAGCUGGUCGAUGGUGAGCAGCCUGGAGUGGAACCACAACUUGUGCUUUGGUCGGACGAUACGUUGCCCAGGGACUUCAAGCAAUCCGGCGAAGUUUCAAAACUACCAAACGUGGUGGUCUGCCACAAUGCCCUGGUGGCGUACCAGCGAUAUACGGAAUGCGAGGCUGCUGGCCAAGCCGGCAUUUUCGAGUUUGUGUCACAACCGAUCGGGCCCCGUAAACUCACCAGAUCGAUACAGUGUGCCUGGAAGCGAUUCAACGGGCAGCUACAGGGUUCUGUGGCACCUCGACCACCAGGACCCACGCGGAUACGAAGCUCGUAUGGCAAACAAGUGACCUCGGCCCAGGGCAUAACUGCAGAUCUCACCCAUGACUCUACCGCACUGAGCACACAGCCAACGGCAUCCCCCAAGACGCCACCCAAGACACCCGAGGAUACAGAAAUCCACGACUUUGAGCUUGGACCGCGAGCAACUUCUCUAGAUCUCCCGGAGACAGCAAGCGCGAAGAAGAUGCUCCUUGUCGACGACAACCCCAUCAACCUCAAGGUCUUGUUCGCAUACAUGAAAAAGCUCGGCUGCGACUUUGAGUCGGCCACCAACGGCCAGGAGGCUGUGGACGCGUACAAGGCGAAUCCCGAACAAUUCCGCGGUGUGCUGAUGGAUAUAUCGAUGCCCGUCAUGGACGGUCUGGAAGCAACGCGCCUUAUCCGUGCGCAUGAGCGGAAACUGCACCUGGCGGCUGUGCCGGUGCUGGCGCUGACCGGCCUGGCGUCGGAGAAUGCCUGCCAGGAGGCGAUGAAGAGCGGCGUGGACAUGUUCCUGACAAAGCCUAUGCGGUUCAGCGCGUUGAGCGAUGUCUUGGAGUCGAUGAAUAUACUGGGGUCGGUGACGGGCACCCAUGAAGUGCCGGAAACCCCGAAUGGAAUCACGGCCGAGGUGGCUGCUUGA